CAUCACGUCACAAGCUUGUAUCACCUGCGCUCCAGUCAUGCCCAUGUCUUAACUAGAACCCUCCCCUUCCAUCCUCCUCCCUCUCUCCUUCACAACAACAAACUUCAACAUGACGACAAAGGGCCUUUGCUUAGUCGCCGCUACGGCCGCUCUCCAGGGCGUGUCAGCUCUUCAGAUCCCUCUCAACCUCCAGGUCCCCAAGCUCUCUUGGAAUCCCUUCGGUGAUGAUCUUCCCGUGGUAGAUACCAAGGAAUUGCAGAAGAGCAUCAAGCCUGAGAACCUUGAGGCUAGAGCAAAGGAUCUGUAUGAGAUUGCCAAGAAUGGAGAGGAGGAGUAUGGACAUCCGACUCGUGUCAUCGGCAGUGAAGGCCAUCUUGGUACGCUGUCGUACAUCCAUGCUGAGCUCGCCAAGCUAGGCGGCUACUACUCCGUGUCGAACCAGCAAUUCCCCGCUGUGUCGGGCAAUGUCUUCGAGUCGCGUCUCAUCAUCGGUGACUCUGUCCCCAAGCAGGCAUCGCCCAUGGGUCUGACUCCUCCGACUAAGAACAAGGAGCCCGUCCACGGAACGCUUGUCCUCGUCGACAACGAAGGAUGCGACGAGUCCGAUUAUCCCGAGGCCGUCAAGGGCAACAUUGCUCUCGUCCUCCGUGGAACGUGCCCCUUUGGUACAAAGUCCGGCAAUGCUGGUAAAGCGGGUGCUGUCGCUGCUGUUGUGUAUAACUAUGAGAAGGACGAGGUUCAUGGAACUCUCGGUACCCCUUCGCCUGACCAUGUUGCUACUUUUGGUCUUGGCGGUGAAGAGGGCAAGGCCGUUGCCAAGAAGCUCAAGGAUGGUGAGACCGUCGAUGCUAUUGCUUACAUCGACGCUGAGGUCAAGACCAUCCUCACCACCAACAUCAUUGCCCAGACUCGCGGUGGUGAUCCCGACAACUGUGUUAUGCUCGGCGGUCACAGUGACAGUGUUGCCGAGGGCCCUGGUAUCAACGACGACGGAUCCGGCAGUAUCUCUGUGCUCGAGGUCGCUGUUCAACUGACCAAGUACCGCGUCAACAACUGCGUCCGCUUUGCCUGGUGGGCCGCCGAGGAAGAAGGUCUUCUCGGCUCCGACCACUACGUCUCCGUUCUUCCUGAAGAUGAGAACCGCAAGAUUCGUCUCUUCAUGGACUACGACAUGAUGGCCAGUCCCAACUUUGCCUACCAGAUCUACAACGCCACCAACGCCGAGAACCCCAAGGGUUCAGAGGAGCUGCGCAAUCUGUAUGUCGAUUGGUACGAGGAGCAGGGCCUCAACUAUACCUUCAUCCCCUUCGAUGGUCGCAGUGACUACGAUGGUUUCAUCCGUGGUGGUAUCCCCGCCGGUGGUAUCGCCACAGGUGCCGAGGGUGUCAAGACUGAGGACGAGGUCGAGAUGUUUGGCGGUGAAGCCGGCGUCUGGUAUGAUAAGAACUACCACCAGAUCGGGGAUGAUCUGACCAAUGUGAAUUACACCGCGUGGGAGGUGAACACCAAGCUCAUCGCCCAUUCCGUUGCAACAUACGCCAAGUCGUUCAAGGGCUUCCCCGAGCGAGAGAUUGAGACGUCUGUGCAGAGUUACUCUGACAAGACCAAGUACCACGGUAGCAAGCUCUUCAUUUAAAUACCGUAGGAAUCUUUUAUUUCAGGACUAAGUAGCAAGAAUAGCAUAGCAUAGCACAGUAAGUAAUGGGUGAUUGAUUAAUUUGAAUGGAUAUCUCUACGUUAAAAUUGCAAAUGCCUAGCUAAACCGACUCCAAGUGAAACGAAGCAAGAAAAAGGACAAAAAAAAAAAAAACAUCAUU